AUGUGCCGCGUCGUACUGCUCAACCAGACCCAGUACGUCGAUCAUCAGUUGGGAGCGGGGCUCCCAAGAAUCCCAGGACGGGGGAUAGCCGCGCCACCGGACGAAGUAACUCGUCCGACGUCCGUUCACAUUGCGGUGGUUCAACAGCUGCUCAACCAGAUAGCGCUGGCCACCGCGAUAGUCCCUCUAAUGGAGGUGGAGGGAAGAUGCUCUCCAAACUAUCGUGGGGAAGCGUGUAUCCCUGAGAGCCUCUUUAAUCGCGUAAUGCAAGGGUUACGCAACGAUCUCGAACAUGAGCGGGACAGGCGUCUACAAAUGGCGGCCACUGUCUCGAAGCAUCGAGCUACGUUUUCCUUUGCUCAGCUUGAGAACGAGAGAGCUCUGACAUCUCUUCGUGACGAUCUAAGGGUGGCUCGUGGGAUUGUUGAUCGGUCUCGGGAUGAGAUAGCUGCUCUUCAGACCCUUGUUGAUGCCCACCAUCGGGAGCACAAGGCUCUCUGCGAGAUGCUGGAGCGCAAGAGCGUUCUUCUUCGGAAGAAGCAGCGUACUGAUGGUACGGCUUAA